AUGAACGCAUUAGAAGCUCUCGGUCAAGACCCUAAUUUAUGGGGUUCAUUAUUAGUUCAUUUGAUAACGUCAAAACUUGAUCCAAAGACAUUAAAAGAAUGGGAAACCGAAGCUCCCAAAACGGUUGUACCUUCCGUAGCUACAUUAAUAGAUUUUUUGGAUACACGUUUUAAAAUAUUGGAAGCGGUAGAAUCUUCUUCGUUGAUAAAUGUGCGACAAAACAAUUUUAAUUCAAUUAAGAGAGAUAAUGUCUUUAAAAGAGAGCAAAUUCGUACCACAGCAAUGAUCACAAAUAAUAAUGUCAUUAAAUGUUUUUUGUGUAAAUCCGAUCAUACAAUUUACAAGUGUCCUAAUUUUUUAUCACUUUCGAUUACUGAACGCAUAAGUAAAGUAAAUGAUUUAAAUUUGUGUAAAAAUUGUUUACGACAGCAUUCUAGUACUAAGUGUUUGUCUCGAAAAUGCAUUAAAUGUGACAAACCACAUAAUUCCUUGUUGCAUUUAAAUAAUUUCAAAGGCAAUAAAAAUCAUAACGAGAACAAUAAUGAGUGUCAUAUCAAUAAUAGCGAACAACAGUUUACAUCAAUGAGUGCAAAUGUAUUCAGAAAAAAAAGCGAACAGGUAUUAUUAUCUACAGCCGUACUUAUCGCAUAUAAUCGUAAUGGUGAACCAGUUAUCUGCCGCGCGCUACUUGACACCGGCUCACAGAGUAAUUUUAUUACCGAUAGUAUGGCCCAAACAUUAAAUUUAAAUAGGCGCAGAGUCAAUUGUGCCAUUACUGGUAUUCAACUGUCCACACACACCGCUAGUAAUUCAGUGGCAGUAAAGAUAUCGUCGCGCUUAUCCAAUUAUUCCAGUAAUUUAGAAUGUUUAGUGUUAUCGAAACUCACGAAUAACAUUCCUUUAAAAUCAAUUGACCUAGAUAAUCUAAAAUUACCAGCUAACAUUGAGCUCGCUGAUCCUAUGUUUACCACACCACAAAAAAUUGACAUGAUAUUGGGAUCGGGAGUCUUUUUUGAGUUACUUCGUGGCGAACAAACCAACCGCAGAAGGGAUUAG